AUGGCCUCUAAACCCCCUUCUAUUACUUUUCUCAUUCUCAUGUUUUUCUCAAUAACCCUCACACUCUUUGUACUUUCAAUGAAGCCCAAAAGUGUCACCAACAACAUAUUCCAAUUGGACAAAAGAAAGCCACCUUGGUUUAAUGUCAUAGAAAAAAACAUUGAUAACAAGAGGAUUAAGGUAGGUGUAGUUAAUAUUAAUCCAAGAUUGAAAUUUGAUGAUAUUGGUAUUUAUGAACAACUAAAUGCACUUUAUCCACAUGUAGAAACGUUGUCUAUUGAUUUUGAUCAUGCUGAUGAGAGUUUGAAAUGGAAAGACUUAUUCCCAACAUGGAUUGAUGAAGAUGAGAAAUAUGGCCAUCCAAAGUGCAUUGAUUUGCCAAUGCCAAUUUGGGAGAGUUAUAGAGAUGUGAAUGUGGUAGUUGCAAGAGUUCCAUGUGAGAAAGGGAUUAAGGAUGUUUUCAGGUUACAAGUUAAUUUGGUGGUGGCUAAUUUGGUAGUGGAAAGUGGAUGGGUGAUGAAGUUGGAUUCUUAUCAACCUGUUUAUGUUGUGUUUAUUGGUACAUGCAGUCCUACGAUAGAAAUUUUCAGAUGUGAUGAUUUAUUGUUUCAUGAAUCAGGUGAGUAUUGGGUGUAUAAACCUGACUUGGUGAGCCUUAGACACAAAAUGCUUAUGCCUGUUGGUACUUGUCAGCUUGCUCCAGGUUAUGCUGAAAAAGGUAAAGAGGUAUGGAGAGGCAAUUAUAUAUCACAAUCAGCAACAAUAUUGAAAUACUACACCAUACAUGUCCCAAAUCUAGCUUAUGUGACAGUCCUUCACUCAUCAGAAGCUUAUGUUUGCGGCGCAAUAGCUCUAGCACAAAGCAUCCUCGGAAACAAUGAUAACAACUACUACACAAUAGACCUCCUCCUCCUUGCCGAUGACUCAAUUGGCCACGAGUCCAUAAAGGGUCUAAAAUCCGCAGGAUGGAAGAUCAAACACAUUCAACGUAUCUUAAAUCCAUUUGCGAAAAAAGGUACAUAUAACGAGUGGAACUAUAGUAAGCUACGAAUAUGGCAACUCACAAUGUAUGACAAAAUCAUCUUCCUAGAUUCUGAUCUUCUAGUACUAAAAAAUAUUGAUCAUUUCUUUGCAUACCCUCAAUUAUCGGCUGCUCCUAACGACUUGACACUUUUUAAUUCGGGGUUGAUGGUCAUUGAACCUUCCAUGUGCAUGUUUGAGGAGUUGAUGAACAAGACUUUGAAGGUGAAACCUUAUAAUGGAGGUGACCAAGGUUUUUUGAACGAGGUAUUCACUUGGUGGCAUAGGUUGCCAACAAAGGUUAAUUAUUUAAAAAGUUUUGAAGGAAAUAAUAAUAAUGAGAUUAUUCAUGAGGAUUUAUAUGUGAUGCAUUACUUGGGUUUGAAGCCAUGGAUGUGUUAUAGAGAUUAUGAUUGUAAUUGGGACAUGAGAGAAUUACAUGUUUUUGCGAGUGAUUUGGCUCACAAAAUGUGGUGGAAGGUUUAUGAUACUAUGCCACAAAAGUUGCAAGCAUAUUGUCGGCUUACACAAAAGAUGGAUGAGAGGAUAUUGCAACGUAGAAAAAGAGCAAGAAAUGCUAAUUUGAGUGAUGGGCAUUGGAAGAUUAAGGUUAAGGAUCCUAGAAGAAAGCGUUAUAAUAAUGUGAAUUUUAGAAUUUAGAAGCCUAACUUUAUGUGGUCAUUUUAUGACCAAACUUGUUGUUUUUGGUAAGAAAUUUAGCAUUGCGAGAAACAAAUACUAAUGUAUUGCACUCUUAUUCAUUUUUUGCUCUUUCUAGAAAUGAUCAUGA